UGAAAGAUGAAGUGGCGCUCUUUUCGUUUGGGCUCAGUGUUUGAUUCUGAAUCCGACUAGGGUUUCCCAGAAAUAUAAGCAAAACCUUCUUUUUCUUUUCUGUGCUGCAGGCUUCAAAUUCCCAGUUGCAUAGACUUUGGGUGUAAGGUGAUCUUAACAAUACAAACAGAAACCAAGUAGAAUGGAAAACGAGCGUAAGUUAUUGGCAACUGCAUGUUCUCAAGAUCAAGGAGUGUGUCAUGAUACUAUAAGAGAUAGAUUCAGUACUCUUCCGGAUGAAAUUGCUCAUCAUAUACUCUCAAUGGUGGAUUUAAGAGAUCUCACUCGCGUAGGUGCCUUGUCAAAGGGAUGCUAUGAGUUUUAUCUCUCAACUCCAUCAUUCUGCUUUGACGCGCAUUUUGGUAACAUGCAGCGCAAAUCAAACAAGAUGAAUUGUUUCGAUCAGUUCUUGCGUCGUCGUGGGAAUAAUAAGAUACAUCAUUUUGGUAUUGAUUUGAGUUUACCGGCAAGCCUCUCCUGCAAGGUAUUCCAAGUCAUGACGUGGAUUGAUAAUGCAGCAAGGUGCAGUGUUGAAGUGCUUAAUCUUCAGUUGACUAUGAAUUCCAAGGGGAAUAUGGUAGGAUUGCCGUCUUCCAUAUUUCGUUGUGGAUCUUUGAGGUCACUAAUGGUGAAAAUGGAGGAGAUUUUCAAAGUUCCAUCCUUUCCUUGUCCCAAUAAUCUCCAACACUUGAACUUGAGCUACGUUAGAAUAGAUGAGGGGUUUUCCAAAUGGAUCUCAAGUUCCUGCAAAUGCAUUAAGGAAAUAAAGCUCUUAAUGGUUAGCACGGAUAAUUUAACCAUUGAGAACUCAUCUUUGGAAUCAUUUACUUUUGUGGCCUGUUCCGACCUCUGCUGUCUUAACAUCUCAGGUGAGAAACUUGAAAUUAUACAUAUAAAGUGGAAAUUCUUUAACCCAGGCAGCAGAUCAUUACAUAUUUGUGCUCCAAAUCUAAAAUAUUUGAAGUGGGUUGGGGAUUUGGUGAGUCAUCCAAAACUGGAGAAAUUAUUAUGUUUAGAAAAGGCUGAGAUUUUUCUGGAGGCCAAGUCAAUCUGUGUCUGUGACUUUCACAACGCAUUCGAGUUCCUUUGCAGUAUUUGCAGGGCUAAAGCACUUAUUCUAAGUGACAAGACCAUUAAGGCUUUGUUCAGGGAAGGUUCAAUGGCUGCACCUAUCUUUGAUACUUCUUACUUGCGUAUAAAUAUUGCGAACCUGAAUAACGCUCUAGUCCCACCAAUGGUCUCUCUUAUGAGAGGAAUGUCAAAUUUGAAUACUUUGGACAUAAAGUCUGACCCUUCCUUAUUCUUCCUCGAACCGAAAGCAUGCGGAUUUAAUGGGAAAUACUGGAAAUCCCAAAACCUGGAUUUUGUAAACCAGCUUAAGGAGGUAACAAUAGAACUUUCAAAUGGUAACAAUGCAUGGCAAUUGGCAAGGUUUAUUCUCGAGCAUGCUCAGAAUUUGAAGAAGAUGACCAUAUUUUAUUUACCCAGAAAAUUACAUGUUAUUGAUAAGGUAAGUAACAGCAAGAAGGUCUCCUCUGCCACAAUUGACUUUCAUGAGAAACAAUGGACAUAAAGCAAAGAAGGUUUAGUUUCUCAAAGAAUCUAUCGAUGUUUUGAAAUUCAGUUGGAUGUUGAUAUAGAGGGCAUUUUGUUUGAAAGAAUCAAAAUCUUGAAUGCUUCUUUCUAAUGUUGCUGUA